CAGUCUUUCUGCAGGUUUCCAGCAAUGUCUGUUGCGGAAAGUCCGCAUAACGUCAGUAUACAAAACAUGGACACCCCAGUCUUAACCAUCAGUGGAAGAAAAGGCAGUGGGGAGGGUGAACUUUCCGACCCUGUAGAUGUAGCAGUGGACAAGGACGGUAACAUUGCAGUGUUAGAGAACGGAAACAAACGGGUUCAGAUAUUCGAUGCCAAGACUGGCCAGUCGCUUCUGUGUUUUCCUGUGGAAGGUGAGGAUCAUUGGGGCAUCGACGUGGACUCCGACGGACAGUUUAUUGUGACUUCUCAAAAUUUGAGCGGCACUGGCAAACAGGCAAUCAGUGUGUAUUCAAGAGAGGGAGAGCUUACAAAGACCCUGAAACCCGACUUCUUGGGAGAUCCACUUGGAGUUGCAGUUCUGAAGGACGGCCGCAUGGUGGUGGCGGAUCGCACAGCUAACUCCCAAUUUUCGUGUCUCCUCCUGCAGCCUGACGGGAGCCUCAUCCGGGAGAUCGGCAAGGGGCAGUUUCUAAACUUCCCAUGGUUCAUAGCAGUAGACGAUUCACGCGAUCUACUGUUUGUCACUGACUUCUAUGAUCAUAAAGUUCAUGUGUAUGACCUUGAGGGGAACCUGAAGGUCAGCUUCGGUAAAGAGGGGGAGAAUGAGGGAGAGCUUCUCAAUCCAAGCGGGAUAACGUUCGACCCGGCAGGUAACAUCAUUGUAGUGAACUAUGACAACAACCGCUUGCAGGUGUUUAAAGCUGACGGGACGUACCUGAGAACUGUGGCCAUUGUAAGAGGGAAAGAACCCACAGGAAUCAAACUGACACCGGAUGGCUACAUAGCUGUAGCGUGUUUUGCGGGACAUUGUGUCGAGUUGUACAGGUACAAGUAGCAUGAUGAUGAUGAUGAAUGGUUUAUUGACAUACAAAUCCAUCGCAGCCCGCAGGCUGAAUUGCGGAUUCCGAUUACAAAUAUUUUCAUGUACACAUGUACAUAAACACCGAUUACAAAUAUUUUCAUGUACACAUGUACAUAAACACGGAAAUAAGGAGGAAAUAAAGUAGUCAGAUGAUAGUAACGUUACUGUUUGUUGCUGUUUUCACUGCGUGGGUGAU